AUGCCAGGCUCCCACCAAAGCCACUCUGUCCCUGCCCCCAGCAGCCGCCAGGACAGAAAAUGGAACCAAAGGUUCCUGGCUGGGGAUAAGGACCAGAAGAGAUCCCUCAGCAAACUCCGGCACAGGCACAACAGACCCAGACUGGGCGCACAGAAGCUCUUCUCACAUUCCAAGCACUUGUGGGGCUUUUCUUCUUCCUCCAUCCAGCCGUGGCUUGGGAAUGACAAAUCCUGGUUUGAGGGGAAAAACAAAAAAGCUGCAUCAGCGCCUCCUCUGGCUCCCUCUGCUUCCAGAGAGGAAGAAGACAGCAGUGAGCUUCCUGCUGUUCUGGGGGAUGAGGGAGAACACCCCGUGGUUUGGGAAUACAACGGUGAGGCUCCCGCUGUGUGGGACAAGGACAGCGGACAUCUCCCGGCGUGCGACGAGGAUGGUGGAUGUCCCCUGGAAUGGGAUGAGGAUAGAAAAGCUCCCACAGCGUGGGAUGAUGGCCAACCUGCAGCAUUUUGGGAAGAGGAUGGAGAACCUGCAGCUCUUUGGGAAGAGGACGGAGAACCUGCCUCUGCUUGGGAAGAGGACACCGAACCUCCCUCUGCUGUGGGAUCCUGGGAUGAACAUUCUGACAGCAGCACAGCCUCGCAGCCAGAGGGGAGAGGGGAGUGGUGCCUGAUGCAGCUGAGUACGUCUGUUCUGUUCCUGUGUGCCAGAGCAGGGUGCUGGAACAUGGUGAGCGUGGGGGAGCCUGCUGAGAAAUACCUGGAACUGGGGCAGAUUGGCCAAGGGGCUUUCGGAACUGUUUAUAAAGGACUCGACAGGGCCACUGGAGGAGAGGUGGCCAUAAAGAAAAUGAGUCUCGGAGAGCAGAACAGGGAACGAGCUGUGAAUGAGAUCCUGGUCCUGCAAGGCAAGAAGAACCCCAACAUUGUCAACUCUUUGGACAGCUUCCUUGUUGAUGAAGAUCUCUGGCUGGUGAUGGAACACAUGGAUGGAGGAACUUUGCAGGACAUUGUCACACAGACACGCAUGGCUGAAGGAGAGAUGGCAGCUGUCAGUCGGGAGUGUCUGCAGGGCCUGGAUUUCCUCCAUUCCAACCGGGUGAUCCACAGAGAUCUGAAGAGCUCCAACAUCCUUCUGGGAAUGGACGGCUCUGUCAAACUGGCUGAUUUUGGCCUCUGCGCUCAGCUCGGCCCUGAGCAGGACCAGUGCAGCUCCAUGGUGGGCACUGCUCACUGGAUGGCCCCAGAAGUUGUGACCAGUUCUCCUUAUGGCCCCAAGGUGGACAUCUGGUCUUUUGGUAUUGUGACCAUCGAGAUGGUGGAAGGAGAACCUCCUUACUUCAAGCAAACAGGGGCUAUGGCUCGCGCUCUGAUCCGGCAGAACGGGACCCCGCAGCUGCAGGAGCCCAGGCGCCUGUCGGCUCUGCUGCGGGACUUCCUCGAGUGCAGCCUGGAGCCGGACGAGGAGCGGCGCUUCUCUGCCCAGGAGCUGCUGCAGCACCCAUUUUUAUCAUCAGCCAAGCCUCUCUCCAGCCUGACCCCUCUGAUCACUGCAGCAAAGCAACGGCGGGUGCAGCAGAGGAGAUGAAACAUCUGAGAACAGCUUUUUGUGACAGUAGUUAGGUCUAGUUAGGUAGGGUAGUUAGGACUGCUAGUUAGUUAGGGU